AGUUUAGUCAUUUUCGCGCUUUCUCACAUCACAGGGCCGUUUCAAAGCGACGGUUUAACCAGGAACAGAACUGUAGCCGCUGUUUCCGGCAGAGUUGCUGAAGUUACAGAGUUUCUUCCCCGGAGUUGAUGAGUUCCUGCAGCACACAGAAUGACUGAAGCAUUCUCAGGUGAACAGCACAAGCGCGCUCCCGGCUUCCUGGAGCGUGUGAGCGCGAGCGCGGGCGGCGUGGUCGCGGGCGUCUGUCUGUUCGCGCUCUCUUUAUACGUGCUCUUCACGAAUGAGGGGCGCGCUCUGCGCACGGCCACGUCUCUGGAUGAGGGUCUCAAUCAGGUCGUGUCUCUUCACCCGGAUAUGACGCUAGACCCUCAGAACGACGGUCGUCUGGUUCACCUGUCCGGGCUGCUGCGGACCGCGCAGCCCCUGUACGAUCCCAACUACGGCGUGUCGGUGCAGGCGGUGAAGCUGCAGAGAAAGGUGGAGAUGUACCAGUGGGUGGAGUACAGCGAGAGCAGGGACUAUGAGGAGAACGGAGAGAAGAAGACGGAAACAACGUACACAUACAACACCGAGUGGAAGCCGGAGGUCGUCAGCAGCAGGCACUUCGAUCAGGAGGUUGGUCACAUGAACCCCAGCGCGAUGGCGGUGGAGAGUGUGACGGUCGUCGCUCCAGACGUUUGGGUCGGGAGGCUCUUCCUGUCUGAAGGGCUGCUGCAGCAGAUCACCGACUUCCACACGCUGAGUCUCAAAGGACUUCCUGUUCCUGUUACCCACACCUUCCUGACGGUGUAUGACGACUACUUUUACCACACGGCAAACCCUCGCCGCCCGGAGGUCGGAGAUGUUCGUGUUCGUUUCUCUUACGCCGGUCUCAGCGGUGACGGAAUGUAUCCUGGCCCCGCCCACAAGGUGAGCGUGGUGGCGAUGCAGCGGGGCGAUCAGCUCAAGCCCUUCCGGACGCGCUCCGGAGACCUGCUGGAGAUCCUCUACAUGGGUGACCUGUCAGCAGAGGAGGUUUUCGCUCGAGAGCAUCAGCUCAACAACAUGAAGACCUGGGCUCUGAGGCUCGGCGGCUGGGCCCUCAUGUUCCUGAGCGUCAGUCUGAGCACACGGAUCAUUUACACACUGGUGGACUGGGUUCCUGUUCUGAGGGAGCUGGUGUCCGUGGGGCUCAGGAUCUUCUCUCUCUGUGUCUCAUGUUCUCUGUCUCUGCUCACUAUCUCCGCCGGCUGGAUCUUCUAUCGUCCUCUGCUGGGUGGGAUGAUAGCGCUGCUCGCGCUCCUGCCGCUCCUCCUCGCUCACGCCAGAGCCCCGUCCAAGAAAAACCAAUGACUCGUUGGACGUCUCCAGAAGAGCUCGCUCUGGCCUUCGAGUACAGGCUUUCAGCGUCGUCUGCAAUAAACACCUGACAAUACUUCUUUGUGAACACAUCCACAACCCAAGCGCUCGCUUAUAUUCAUGUAGGCAGUAUGGAUGUAAUUUAUCAUCACAGUUGAGUUAUAUUUACCAAAGAGCUUAUUUUGAUACUUUAAAAAGUGAAAUCCUCAGAAUAUAUUUAAGUUUAAUAAUUAGGUUUUUGUUUAGAAUAAGGUUUAGUUUUCCUGUUGUCAGAGAUUGAAUGUUAAUAUGAAUGUUAAUAUUGAGUCUAAUAAUUAGGAAGUGCCAAAUGUAAAUAAUGUAUCAUUUUAUUAUCAAUAAUGAACUGAAAAAUAUCUAAAUUAAGUUUCCGCUUGGAGCGUGUCAUAAUUUUGUUUUCCAUUUGAAUAAUUUUCUUCGAUCCUGUUUUGAUAUUUGUUCUUGUUUUCAGCACAAACUCUCUUCAUUUGUGUUUCAUCUUGAAAAUCUAAAGGCAUCUUGAAUGUUUAGUGUUUCCAGUAGAGCUGUGUAAGAGAAUGAUAAAAUCCCACGGGAAACCUCUUCUGGGCCUCCAGCUCUAUCUUCUCACACGACUGUGUUUGCAGGAUCUGUGUGAGAUGUCUAUUUUCUAGUAAAGGUGUGUGAAAUAAAGGCUGAAUCCUCA